AUGGCGACAAUGCUUAUACCUUCGAGGACGUCGACGUCCUCGUCUUCUUCCUUUGCACCAGUCACCCGCCAAAACACAAUGUCCUCCACGGAUGGGCCCCCGAAAUCCAUCCGUCAGUCGAAGCGUUAUUCCAUCACAACUCUCUACAUGUCGAUGUCUGCUGCUGAGAAGGAUAUUGAAAUCGAGGAUGAGCUUGCAAAAGCCCAGAAAGUGUUAAGGGACCUGAAAGCCAAAAUAUCCUCGCAAUCGAAAAAGAACUUUGUGCUGGAGAAGGAUGUUCGAUAUUUGGAUUCUAGAAUCGCUUUGUUGAUCCAAAAUCGCAUGGCAUUGGAGGAGCAAAACGAAGUUGCCAACCAUCUCGAAGAAGGCGGAGAACUCCAAGAAGGACAAUUCCCAAACGACCAGAAGACACAGCAUUACGGAAAUCUUAUGUUCCUCCUUCAAUCCGAACCACGACACAUUGCCGCUCUCUGCCGUCUCGUAUCCAUGGCUGAAAUUGACUCCUUGCUCCAAACCGUUAUGUUCACCAUCUACGGUAACCAAUACGAGAGUCGAGAGGAGCAUUUGCUUCUUACAAUGUUUCAAUCUGUCCUUUCAGCUCAGUUUGAGAAUACCCCUGAAUAUAGCUCGCUGUUAAGAGCCAACACCCCGGUAUCCCGUAUGAUGACAACGUAUACCCGGAGAGGACCGGGCCAAAGCUAUCUCAAGACAGUUCUUGCCGAUCGGAUCAAUUCUUUAAUCGAACACAAGGACCUCAACCUGGAAAUAAACCCUCUGAAGGUCUACGAGCAAAUGAUCAAACAAAUCGAGGAGGACACGGGUUCUCUACCUGCCCAUCUUCCUAAAAGUGUAACUGCUGAGGAGGCUGCCCAAAAUGAACAAGUUCAGCAAAUCAUUGAGCCCAGGUUAACAAUGUUGAUGGAAAUUGCAAAUUCGUUCUUGACCACUAUCAUCAACAACCUCAACGAGACCCCGUAUGGCAUCAGGUGGAUCUGUAAACAGAUCCGAUCGCUUACUCGAAGGAAAUACCCGGAGGCUAAGGAUCCGGUUAUAUGUACUUUGAUCGGCGGUUUCUUUUUCUUGAGAUUCAUCAACCCAGCGAUUGUCACUCCGCGCUCCUACAUGCUAGUCGACGGAACUCCUGCAGACAAUCCAAGGCGUACUCUAACUCUUAUCGCAAAAAUGCUCCAAAAUCUUGCAAACAAGCCAUCGUAUUCAAAAGAACCUUACAUGGCUAGCCUGUCACCGUUUAUUCAACACAACAAGAUGAGAAUAAACAAGUUCUUAAAUGAUCUGUGUGAGGUUGGAGAUUUCUAUGAAUCUCUGGAGAUGGAUCAGUAUGUUGCAUUGUCGAAGAAGGAUUUAGAACUUACAAUAUCCUUGAACGAAAUCUAUGCGACUCAUUCGUUAUUGGAGAAACAUUCUGCUGCUUUGUGCCAGGAUGUCCUUCACCCUCACCUUAAGAUCUUGCUCACUGAGCUUGGACCAGCACCGCAUCAAGUUCCGAGGAAAGAGAAUCGAGCCAUCAUCUUACCCCUCUUCAGCAGAUGGGAACAACCAAUCGAUGACCUCACAGCCGCCCUUGAUAUCACCGACGAGGAUGUUUUUUUUAUGGAAGCAAAGUCUAUCUUUGUUCAGCUCAUGAGGACGAUCCCAUCGAAUGCACUUGCGGUUAGGCGACCAUUAAAAUUAGAUAAGAUUGCCGACCUAGCGGCUACCUCUUCGAGAGAUGCAGCAAUGGUUAGAAAGGGCAUUCGUGCUAUGGAACUUCUUAACCAACUUGAAGAGAUGGGCGUUCUCAGCAAACAGGAAGACUACUCGUUGCUCAGGGACGAAGUUGAACAGGAGUUGGUACAUUUAGGUUCCUUGAAAGAUAAGGUCAUUCAAGAAACUGGAAAACUCGAAGAGGUCUAUAAAACCAUACGAGAUCAUAAUGCCUACCUUGUUGGACAGCUAGAAACCUACAAGUCUUACCUGCACAACGUUCGAAGUCAGAGUGAAGGCAAGGUCCGAAAACAACAGAAGCAGCAAGUUCUGGGGCCCUAUAAAUUUACACACCAGCAGUUAGAAAAGGAAGGCGUGAUCCAGAAGAGUAAUGUCCCCGAAAAUAGACGGGCGAAUAUUUAUUUCAACAUCACUUCACCGAUGCCUGGAACUUUCGUUAUUUCUCUCCAUUACAAAGGAAGAAAUCGCGGCCUGUUAGAACUAGACCUCAAGUUAGACGAUUUACUUGAGAUGCAGCAGAACAAUCAAGAGGAUUUGGAUUUGGAAUACGUUCAAUUCAACGUCCCCAAAGUCCUCGCACUUCUCAACAAGAGGUUUGCGCGGAAAAAAUGGUAG